UACGCCCAGCACGUCACAAAAAUAAUUGUUUGAACUACUCUUGGUUUCGUUUGUAUGUUGAGAUGUUCAUAGUUUUGUGUAGUUCCAAAGCCGGGAGUAUUUUUACUAGUAAAUAUAAUAUAUUAUCAUCUGGACAAAAGAAAUGAAAGCAAUAUUAAUGCGAGUGCAGUGGCAUGUGAGUUUCCUCCCAACCCAUCAUCGUCUAUCUCCAUUCCAUAUGACGACGGUGGUGGCCCUGGCCGGAGCUCCGCCUCUCCAACCGUCAUCAACCAGUAAGCCCGGCUGCCUUUUUCUUCUUCUAAAAAAUCAUCAUCGUCGUCGUCCCCAUUUCUCCAUCCCCCCCUUAAAACCUUGUUCAAUUCGAUUGCCUACCAGACCCAGACCCAGACCAAACCCUGCCCUAGGUUCCGACGUCCCCAACCCUCUUCACCCAGAUCAUCAACAUGAUGAUGAGGGUUUGAAGCAAUGGGAUUCCCUGACGGCUAAAUUCGCCGGAGCUGCAAAUGUCCCCUUUCUGUUGCUCCAAUUGCCUCAAAUCGUCCUGAAUGCUCGUAAUCUUCUUGCUGGAAAUAAGGCGGCUCUUUUUGCUGUUCCAUGGCUGGGAAUGUUUACCGGACUUCUUGGAAACCUUUCAUUACUAUCAUAUUUUGCAAAAAAAGGUGAAAGGGAAGCAAUGGUGGUUCAAACUUUGGGAGUUGUAUCAACAUACGCGGUUAUCGCUCAGCUAGCCAUGGCUGGAUCCAUGCCUGUACCACAGUUUACCGCUACUUCUGCGGUGGUUGCCUGUGGUCUCCUUAUCAAUUUCUUAAACUAUUUUAAUCUGCUUAAUGAAAACAUCUGGAAUUUUUGGGAGGAUUUCAUUACUGUUGCUGGCCUCUCCGCACUUCCACAAGUCAUGUGGUCAACGUUUGUACCUUAUGUUCCAAACAGUAUCUUGCCAGGAAUCAUGUCUUUUGUGAUAGCCGUGGUGAUGGUUGUCAUGGCUCGAAUUGGGAAACUUGCAGAAAAUGUCAACAAAUUUGUUGGAUCAAUAUCUGGAUGGACUGCUACACUCCUUUUCAUGUGGAUGCCCGUUGCACAAAUGUGGACAAAUUUCUUGAAUCCUGAAAACAUCAGAGGAUUGUCAUCUUUCUCAAUGCUGCUUGCCAUGACCGGAAAUGGACUUUUAAUCCCCCGUGCACUCUUUGUUAAAGAUCUCAUGUGGUUCACUGGUUCAUGUUGGGCAUCUUUCUUCUAUGGAUGGGGAAACUUGAUAUGCAUGUACCUUUGUGCAAGUAUUAGCAAGGAGUUCUUUUUGGCUGCAACAGUUGGCUUAUUUCUUUGGACAGGGUUUGCACUGUGGAGCGAUAGUAAGGCGUAUGGCCACGGCUCACUGUUGACAUCUCUAAAGGGGUUGUUUUUAGGUUCUUAAAUCAUUUGUCGUCGAAUUAUCUGCAAAUGAUAUUGUGUGGAUGAUGUGCUUGUCACGUGAUACAAAGCAGCGCCUUGCUGCGGUCAAUGCUCAGUCUUGUCGAUCUGCAAUCUCAGAAUUACGUUGAUUGUCUUCAAGGAGGAAGUGUAGUGUUGAUGAGUAUUGGUUUGGACAUGAUAACACAACGUGUAAAGUCACUAAGUUUGUUUGUUUGUAGGCCAUUUAUUUGGAUGAUACUAUUUAGUUUAAUAAUACGUUCUGUAAUUGUAUUUUAUAAAUUAUCUUUUUUUUUUUUUUUUAUGUUCUACCAUUAA